CUGGUCCGUCCAACCUCUCAACCUUUCAACCUCCACCAACGCCUCCCGCCAGCGCCUCCCUCCUUUUCGCUGUCGCCAUCAUCUAAUUCAUCCAACAAUACCCUCAUUCUGCUCUCCCCGUGGUCUAUCUAGUUGAAGCAAUAAGUGUCCUGCGCGAUCUCAUCUAAACACCAUGGCCAACUAUCUCGCCUCUAUCUUCGGUACCGAACAGGACAAGGUCAACUGUUCUUUCUACUACAAGAUCGGUGCCUGCAGGCACGGCGACCGAUGCUCCCGUAAACAUGUCAAGCCAUCUUACUCUCAGACCAUUUUGAUGCCGAACAUGUACCAAAAUCCCGCCUACGAUCCCAAGAACAAGAUGAACUCUAGCCAGCUGCAAAACCAUUUUGAUGCCUUCUACGAGGAUGUCUGGUGUGAGAUGUGCAAGUAUGGCGAAUUGGAGGAAUUGGUUGUCUGUGACAACAACAAUGACCAUCUUAUUGGCAAUGUCUACGCACGAUUUAAAUACGAAGAGGAUGCACAGUCAGCCUGCGACACGCUGAAUUCUCGCUGGUAUGCAGCGCGGCCUAUAUAUUGCGAAUUAUCGCCCGUGACAGAUUUUCGAGAAGCGUGUUGUCGAUUAAAUAGUGGCGAGGGCUGUGUUCGAGGCGGAUUCUGUAACUUCAUACACCGAAAAGACCCCAGCUUUGAGCUUGACCGGGAAAUGCGUUUGAGCACCAAGAAGUGGCUGAAGGAAAGGGGCAGAGAUGCACGAAGCGUCAGUCGCAGCCCAAGCCCGGAGCCGACUAGAAGGAGAUACUAGGGAGAAGUCUAUGUGGCUUUCGUCUUUCUUGUUUUCAAACCUGGCGUUGGGGAAAAUAUGGACUCAGUGUAUGCUCCGAUUCCACUUCCCUUUGCGCAACGGGGCGUCUA